ACCAAGUCCCAAAGAACAAGAGCGGCAUGGCCAUAGCAGGGGCGGUAGAGAAAGCAGUGAAUGCACUACUCAAAUGGAGAGAUUUUCAGUCUCAUUUGCAAAAACCCAAACUUCUUGAGGAGGAUGAGUUGCUAUAUCUCAUCGUCAGCCUCAAGAAAAUUCCUCAGAAGCCUCGCGUUAAUCCGGUGAAGGUGCCUCUGCCUCACCCCCUCAUCGAUCCCUCUUCGGGUCCCGCCGAGCUCUGCAUGUUCAUCGACGACCGGCCCAAGUCAGGCGUCACCAAAGACGCCACCUCCAAGAAAAUCAAGGCCGAAAACAUACCCGUAACCAAGGUGAUCAAGCUGUCGAAGCUCAAGACCGAUUAUCAGCCCUUCGAGGCCAAAAGGAAACUCUGCGAUUCAUACGACAUGUUUUUCGCUGAUCGAAGGAUUAUCCCCCUUCUGCCUCGGUUAUUGGGGAAGCAGUUCUUCAAGAAGAGGAAGAUCCCUGUGCCUGUGGACCUCAAGCAAAACUGGAAGGAACAGAUUGAGAAGGCUUGUUCCUCUGCUAUGUUGUUCUUGGGUAGUGGGACUUGCUGCGUGGUGAAGGUGGCUAAGCUUUCUCUUGGGAAAAAGGAGAUUGCCAAGAACGUGGAAGCUGCUAUUAAUGGGAUUGCAGAUGUUGUGCCGAACAAAUGGGGAAAUAUAAGGUCGUUUCACUUGAAGUUGCUUGACAGCUUGGCUCUACCUGUUUACCAGGCUAUGCCUGAUCUGCGUUUGAAGAUUCUCGCUGAACCCGAACACCCUACUUCUUCUAAGGAGGAAAAACAAGAAGUUGAAGAAGAGAAAGAAGAUGCUUCUCAUCAAAAGAAGAAGAAGAAGAACAAGGGGAGGAUACAUGAAGUUCAAUACAUGGAUGAUCAGGAGAAUAUUAAUGACUCGAAUUCCGGGGCUGAUAUAAAGGAUGAAAUCACAACCGAAACUAUCUCGACCAAGAAAAAGAAGAGUGCUCUGAAAAAGUUAAGUGCUGUUGACACGAAGGUCAAGGAUAAGAAAAAGAAGAAAAAGGUAGCUGCUUAUUGAUUUGUCUUGCUCACCACAACCUAGUAAACUAGGCAUUAAGUUGAACUUCACUGCUGCUUGUUGUUGCAGAUUAGUAAUCAUUAUUGUUUCUUUUGUUAUUGGAUUCGGCUUUCAAUUGUGGACUGCUCUUUGUCUU